AUGGCAGCAGUCCUGAUUCUCCUGACCUUUCUUCUGCCGCUUGGAGCUGGUGCAGAGAAGAUCAUCGGGGGCCAUGAGGUCAAGCCCCACUUCCGCCCCUACAUGGCAUUUAUUUCAUUUGCGAAAGAUGAUGGGAAAAGUGGUGGCUGUGGAGGCUUCCUGGUGAAAGAGAACUUCGUGCUGACAGCUGCUCACUGCAGGGGAAGCACAAUGAGAGUCACUCUCGGAGCCCAUGACUUCAAGAUGCGAGAGGAGACUCAGCAGGUCAUCCCUGUGGCUAAAGCCAUCCCACACCCAGACUACAAUCCUAAGGAUGGCGCCAAUGACAUCAUGCUCUUAAAGCUGGAGAGGGAGGCCAAGAGGACUAAAGCUGUGAAGCCCCUCAACCUGCCCAGGCGUAAUGUCCAAGUGAAGCCAGGGGACGUGUGCUAUGUGGCUGGUUGGGGAAAGAUGGACCCAAAGGGUGACUAUUCAAACACACUUCAAGAGGUAGAGCUGAUAGUCCAGAAGGAUCAGGAGUGUGAGUCCCGCUUUCAAGGCUUUUACAACAAAGCCAUUGGGAUCUGUGUGGGGGACCCAAAGGUCAAUCGUGCUUUCUUUAAGGGUGAUGAUGGAGGACCUCUCGUGUGUAAAAAAGCAGCUGCAGGCAUUGCCUCCUUUGGUGGUCCUGAUGGGUCUGCACCAAUGGUCUUCACCAGAGUGUCAAGUUUCCUAUCCUGGAUAAAGAAAACAAUGAAACGCUAA